UCACAUCGAACCUGCUAACCUAGCGCUCUGCGAUUUCGAACUCCAACACCAGACGGCUACACGUCGCCGUCUUCGGAUUAUAUCACGUGUUAUAUAACCGCGUGGAGGCAUCUAGGCCGUUGGUAGCGGUCUACCAGCGACUGAUACUGUAGCCUGACUGCCACCGCCUGUGGCCUUAGCCUCGGAGCGGAUGCGCACAAUAGAGGUGACAACGUCAUCUAGCAAACGCGCUCAGGCAUCAACGCCUGUAUCCACUGAUUCCGUAUACAUGUCCUAAGUCUCUCACCUAUAUAAACCCCACAGCUACUGCACUCGACCACACAUCCCCAACAUCGACAGCAACACGAUUGACGACAACAACAACAGGCCUCGACUGCUUCCCACAUUCCGCAAUGUCCAAGGAAGUCUUCUUCGAAGGCGACGCCGAAGUCCUCCCCUUCACAACACCAACCACACCUACCGCUACCUUGCAAAAGCCCUCCGACGUCCUCGACGUCCCCGCCGCCGCGCCCAGCACAAUCUGGUACCUCUCCAUCACCAAGCCCCACGUCGACUCCCACGACAUUAUCGGCCCCACCAAAGCGUUCAGACACCUCCUUCCCCGCAUCGAAGCCAUUGUCAGCAACUCACCAACAGCCAUCGACAAGCUUGCACAACUGAAAGAGACCGAAGACAUGUGGGGCGAAACAGAGCCAAACGAGCAUUUCUUCAACAACGGGUUUGAAGUCUUUAUUGUCGAGGGACAGAGGGGAUCUUACACAAUCUUGAAGAUGAUACGCGAAAUCAACAAGGAAGUCUUUGAUAUUCUUCCCGCGCCAGUGUACACGGUACUUUCCGUUGGACCCCUUGAGCACGCUGCUAUGCCGCUCAAAGCCAAAUCAUCAUCAUCUUCUUCUUCUUCUUCUGCCUCAGCAUCAGCCUCGAAAUCCUCUUCAGCACCGCUUUCGUCAAAGUUCUCCCCGGGGAAGCCAAAAGGCUAUGCAACUACGACACAGCUCCAUGGCUCAUUCAUCGAGCGAGCAGCCGCUAGGGAAACAGCAAAAUACAUCAUGACAGUUCUUCUUCUUGAUGAAGAAAACGUCAAGGAGAUUGGUAGGUGGGAGAAGGGAAGUAAAGGCGGUGGUGUGUUGAUGGCUAUGAAUGCGACGAGUAUGUGGGAGGUCAAGGUUGUGUAUGCGGAUGAUCCGAUCGGGAGGGCGCAGGAGGAAGCAGAUAGAGGGGAGGAUGCGUUUGUUUUGUGAGAUGGAAAAGGGUGGUAUGGAGGUGUUACUUGGUGGAAACUGAGACGUCAGACGAAAAGGUGACGGGGCUAUGAAGAGCUCCUGGAUGUGAGAUCUGAGUUGAGACGGGAAGGUGCUGGGAGUAUGGGAUCU